AUGAACUGUGCAUUUGCCACCACGGAGAAGAGAAGAGACGCAAAAAAGAGGCGCAGCAGCGGCGCUUCCGCAGCCAACGACGGCAACAUGGCUGGGCCUCGACCGGAAGAAACCCUUUCAAGGUUCGGUGUGGUUUUUGUUGUGAACAUUUUCAGUGAAGUUCGAUUCGUGGACCAUUCCGAGGCGCUGCGACAGGACAGACGGGCGCCGGAUUCAAUUCCGAGGGCUUCGGCUCGAGAAGGAGCCGCCACUAACAUGCAGCACGACUCUUCCGACAACGUCAUACCCUGGAGACCUAAGGGACCUUGGGUUUCGCUGAGUGCUGUUCUGUUUGUGGCAAUAACGAGGCGCAAAGAAAUCCUCCGCGACGCGAAACUCUCUUCCCUGUUCAUACAACCAUCCGGUAGUUGGGCUACAUUGUGCAAACAUUGCUUUCCGUGUCCUGAAAGUACGUUCCAUCCAGAGAAAGGGUACGAUAACCCUGAUGUGUGA